AUGGUUGUUGUUGGACGAUGGUUGUUGUUGGAUGGUGGUCGUUGUUGUUGGGUGUUUGUUGAUGGAUGGUUGUUGUUGUUGUUGGAUGGUGGUUGUUGGACGGUUGUUGUUGGACGGUUGUUGUUGGACGGUGGUUGGUGUUUGACGAUGGUUGUUGUUGGACAGUGGUUGUUGUUUGAGGGUGGUUGUUGUUGGAUGGUGGUUGUUGUUGGACGGUGGUUGUUGGACGGUGGUUGUUAUUGGACGGUGGUUGUUGUUGGAUGGUGGUUGUUGGACGGUGGUUGUUGUUGGUGUUGUUGUUGGUGUUGUUGUUGGGCGGUGGUUGUUGUUGGACGAUGGUUGUUGUUGGACGGUGGUUGUUAUUGGACGGUGGUUGUUAUUGGACGGUGGUUGUUAUUGGACGGUGGUUGUUGUUGGAUGGUGGUUGUUGUUGGACGGUGGCUGGUGUUGGACGAUGGUUGUUGUUGGACGGUGGUUGUUGUUGGAUGGUUGUUGUUGGAUGGUGGUUGUUGGACGGUGGUUGUUGUUGGAUGGUGGUUGUUGUUGGAUGGUGGUUGUUGUUGGACGGUGGUUGUUGUUGGAUGGUGGUUGUUGUUGGACGGUGGUUGUUGGACGGUGGUUGUUGUUGGAUGGUUGUUGUUGGACAGUGGUUGGUUUUGGACGAUGGUUGUUGUUGGACGGUGGUUGUUGUUGGACGGUGGUUGUUGUUGGACGGUGGUUGUUGUUGGAUGGUGGUUGUUGGAUGGUGGUUGUUGUUGGAUGGUUGUUGUUGGACGGUGGUUGUUGUUGGAUGGUGGUUGUUGGACGGUGGUUGUUGUUGGAUGGUUGUUGUUGGAUGGUGGUUGUUGUUGGAUGGUGGUUGUUGUUGGAGGGUAG